UAUAAAAUUAUCUAGAACGCAAUGAGGAGAACCAGAAGUUCCAGAAAUAAAAGCCAGAGCGCCGUAGAAAACGAGGAAGUCCCGACAAAGACAGUGUGGCAGUGGCAAGGAGAUGACGGGCAGUGGGAACCGUACCCAGAUGAAGCGGCCUCCAUGCUGGAUUCAGCUUCCUCAUCAGGGAAGACGUCGGUCACUUUGACCCUUGGCGCAGGGAAGAAAUAUGAAGUUGAUCUGAAGAAAAUGCUCCAGAUUAAUCCUACGACAAAGUACAAGAGAAAGAUUCGCUCUCAGAUAGUAAAAGAAGAGAGUUUAAAUGAAGCUGGUGACGUGGCGGCUGAAAAUGGAGAUUCAGUUCAAAUCAAAGAGGAAGAGGAGGAGACAGCGGAGCAGCCGGCAGCUAAGAGGAGAAGAGGACAGAGCAAGAGUGCAGCAAAAACCAAAGAUAUGCCUAAAGAGGAAAUAAAAACUGAAGAGGUGGUGCGGACGGUGGUGAUGAAGGGCAAAGCUCCAGUGGACUCCGAAUGCAAAGCUAAACUGGGAAAGGCUCAUGUUUACAGUGAAGGAAAUGAUGUUUAUGAUGUGAUGCUGAACCAGACCAACCUGCAGUUCAACAACAAUAAAUAUUACCUGAUCCAGCUGCUGGAGGACGACGGCGCCAAGGCUUACAGCGUCUGGAUGAGAUGGGGCCGAGUGGGUAAAGUGGGUCAGAACAGCCUCACACUCUGCGGGGCAGAUCUGCUGAAAGCCAAAGACAUCUUCAAGAAAAAGUUCUUGGAUAAGACAAAGAACGAGUGGGAUCGCAGGGACAGUUUUGAGAAAGUAGCGGGAAAAUAUGACCUGGUGUUCAUGGACUACGCCGCCAACGAGAAGGUAAGUUUGGAGGGACGGUUGGACUUUCUACCGGUUCACGCAGGCCACAGUGACCCGACCGCAUAUCGAUAUCUACACUUUCACAGAGCUUUAUGGAAAGAUGAGUAG